AUGUCUUACAGCGACAACCCAAGAGCCCCAACCGGCGACAACAAAACGGAGAACCCCGGCACAGUUCUCUCCGACUCCCUCGCCGCCGAUUCCAUUAACUCAGGCGGUGACUUCGCCGCCAACUCAGACGACCGCGGCGUAAGUGCACAACCCGCCAGGUCAACAACCACAAACACCACCGACACAUCCAACGCUACACGCCUCGACCCAGCGCCCGAUGCCGAAGCUCGCUCGGCCCAGGAAGGCUGGGAUGAUCAGAACCAGCUCGACGCCGCGAGCCGGUUAGGUGGCCAGGGCUCCUCGGCACCGGGCGAUGUCUCCAACUCAGCACCUUCCCAGGCUGAUAACUUCGAGCCCAAGGGCCAGAACCUGACGGAAGGAGGAUUCGAUUCGUCGGGUCCGAAUGCGAGUUUCAACACCGACAUUGGUGGGAAGAAUGACCCAGGUCGGGUAGGGUUGAACAAGUUCGAGGAGACGAAUGUGCCGAGCGCGGGUGGUGCGGGACCUAGGGAGAGUGAGAUUACGAAUGACGGGCAAUUUGAUGCGUUGAAAGAGACGAGUGCUUAG